GUGUCACUGGACCCGAAACGUUGGCUCUACUUUCUCUCGACAGAUUCUGCCAGAUUUGAUGAGUUUCUCCAGCAAUUUCUGCUUUUUGUUUCUUAACAGCCCUCUGGCAUUGCCUCGUAACCUUUCGAUUGUGAGUGGAAAAUCGUGUUUGACGAACUUGGAGGGUUUUUUUUGAGGAUGUUACUAACAAAAUUAAUGAAGAGGACUAGAUGGACAGAGCACACUUGGAUUUUCAGAAGACUUUUGAAAAAAGCCGCAGACGCAGAGAAUGCUGGAAAAACAGCAGGUCUUGUAGCAUCUGUCGGCAGAAACAAGAGUUAACAUUUUAAGUCCAGUGAUCCUUCGUCAGAAACACAGGAGGUUGGUUCGAAAAAUUAAAGCACAUACCGUUGGUGAAGAUAUACCGGCUUGGAUUAAGCAUUGGCUAACAGACAGAAAACAGAGAGUAAGAACAAAUGGCUCUGCGGGAGCCCCCUGGAAGCAAAUGUAUGGAGAUGGGAAUAGCGGUGGGGAGAAGGAUGGGGGAGGUGGCAAGCAUCAAAUGAAGCCCGACCGGUCCCCCCAAGCUCACGUGGCUCAGAGCCUCCCCUAUAAAUACAGGCAGCCCUCGCUCUCCCUUCACUUUUAACCCCGGCGUGGACUAGUUCAAUGAUGAAGAUGGCCGCAGAAUCGUCUGAUGUCCGAGAGGUUAAAAAGUUACUUAAACCUUUAGUGGAAAAACGGAGACGCGAUCGAAUGAACCGCAGUUUGGAUCAACUGAAAUCUUUCCUCUUGAAACAUUAUCAAAACGAGAGUUUCCGAAACGGUAAAAUGGAGAAGGCAGAAAUCUUAGAAAUGACGGUGCAAUAUCUGAAAAACGCAGCUCUAGCCAAUGGACCGGAACAUCAGGGAGCAGAAAUCACACGGCAGAACUACGAGGCUGGCUUUAAGGAGUGCCUCCUGCAGGUGAAUAGCUUCGUCCGAAGCUGCGCCAGGUUCAACUCGCAGUCCCGCAGCGGUCUGAUGGAGCGGCUAGCGGUCUUCCUGGACCGAGCAACCGAGAAGAACAGCAGCCGCCGAGUGCCGGAAUGUGCGAGUCCCUCCGGCUCCACUUUGGAGCCUCUUCAACCGGGACAGCGGGACUCCGUGGCCUGGGAUGUCGGCCCCGCCGCCUCCAAAGCCGUGAGGCCGAUGGCUGUUAUCCCCGCAGUCGCCAGUAACCUUCCUGCGCACAGUGUAUCGCAUCUCCUCGCCGCUCGGUCCCCGCCCUCGCACCGGAUGCCAGUUCCGACCGACUUCACAGUGAAAUAUCAUGAACUUCGUGACUCCAGCUCCGCACCGUUUCCGGAGUUCCCCAGGAAUGGUAUUGUGUCACCAAAGCCACUCCCUAGCCACCAGGAUUCCUCCAGAGGGACUGUUUCACACAAUGUUUGGAGACCGUGGCCUUAGGUCGGUGGGAGAAGGACCUUUUUUUUUGCUUUUGACAUUGUUCCAUUUCCCUUCCUCUUGUAAAUCACCAAAUCCUGCGCUUUAUCCAAAUAAAAUCCUAUCCUAUUUUAA